AUGGGAUUGCCAUGUGCUCUCUCGCGCCCGCCUGUCGCUCCUUUUCUCUUUUCCCUCCUGGUCGUGUCUGGCAUGUCGUCCAAACUGCUGCACAUUGCCCAACAUGUCCGCUCCUUACCCCUGCUGUAUUUCAUCAUCUACCUGCCCACCCUCUUUUUCCUUGAUCUCUUCGUGAUAUGUCUGGGACGGCUGUUGCUCCGGGGGCCAGAGACCCCCCUCCAGAUGCUGACAUGCAUUCUGGGCGGCUUGAUGGCGUUCGUGACAUAUGGAGCAUCCGCUAUUCAGUUCGGCUUCUUCUUCGAGACCGGGUCCGAGGUGGAAUGGGGUGCCUCCAGGAGUUUUGUUCGAGAUCCCGCAGCGAUGAAAUUGCUCAUGAGCGGCAUUCGAAGUGUCACCGUCGCUGGGGCCGUCCUCUUCGUGGUAUCGUGGAUGCUGACGCCAUAUCUUCACACCAUCGUGGGAAAUUGUCUUGGUGCAGUCCGCAACUGGCUCGUGGAAGGGUUCCGGUCGCCCAGGGCUUUGCUACCCUUUGCCAGAUCGCCAAAGCCUCGUUAUAACGUGCGAGUCUUGAUCCCUGCCGUUGCCAUCACAACUUCACUCCUCCUGAUUCGAGCAACCCGACCAGCCGUCCCAUACGAUCACCUCUCAGAGGCACUCCCCCUCAGCCUGUCGGAAGCUUUCCACAAGUCCUCCGCUACCGCUUGUCACAAACGUAAUCCGCCAUUCCCUUUUCCUGACCUGAUCUCUGAGGAAUACUGGGAAGAGCCCCAUGGAAAUUUCCCCGGAUGGGCCCCGGAUCUCCGCCACCGUCACAGAGAGAAUCUGUCACGACCAGAGUGGUUACCCGAACAUCCGCCACCUGGUUUCUCACGUUGGAAGGCCCAGCCGAGAGAAAAACACGAUCACGAAAAGGGAGAGAAGGGACACUGUCCCAACUUCCACCACACAUAUAACCCCGUAACCGACCCGCUGAAAAUAUCCAAUCUGGACUUGGAGAUCCUGCAUCCCUUGCGCCAGGUGUUUGAGGCCAACUCGGUCGAGAUCAAUCAUAUCGUGUUGCUGAGUCUGGAAAGUGGAAGAAAGGAGGUCUUCCCCAUGCAGCCGGGAACCCAUCUCUAUGACUCGAUCGUGGAAACCCACGCGGAGGACGAACGAGACGAGAUCGUCGACAAGCUGUCCCGCUUGACGCCGGUGGCGCAGAUGGUGACUGGAGAAUAUGCCCUGACGAGCCAGGGGACCAGGAAUAACUUUAGUGACGCUGUGUGGCAGGACCAUGCAGCUGAUGGGAUGGGAGGCAUCAAUGUGAAGGGGGCCAUCACCGGCAGUACGUUCACCUUGAAGAGCUUGCUCGGCAGCCACUGCGGCGUCAACCCGUUGCCGGUGGAUAUGAUCGAGGAAGUGAAUCUGGACAUCUACCAACCGUGUCUGCCCCAUAUCUUGGAGCUCUUCAACCGCGGGAAGAACACGAGUGAGGCCGAUGAUGCGGAACCGGUGGCCUUUCAAGAGAGACCGUGGAAGUCGGUCUACAUGCAGUCGAUCACCGAUUCCUUCGACAGACAGUCGCUGCUGAAUCGCAGGCUGGGAUUCCAGCAGACGAUUGUGAAGGAGACGAUUUCUCGAAGCUCUGCCAAGUACUACCCGCCAAAGACCAAGGAGAUUAAUUACUUUGGAUAUGCCGAGUCCGAAAUCGAGCCGUAUCUCCGGGACGUGAUUUUCGAAGCGGCCGAGAACAAGACUCGGCUGUUUCUGUCGCAUCUCACCAGCACGACGCAUCAUCCGUGGAAGGUGCCGGACGGCUUCACUGAAAAGAUGUAUAUGGGCACGCAUAACGGUCUGCGGUCGCGACAUCAAGAUCUGAACAAAUACCUCAACACGGUGGCGUACGUGGACGAAUGGCUGGGUAAGAUUCUGGGGUACCUUGACGAAGCCAAGAUCGCAGACUCGACCCUGGUGGUCAUGAUUGGCGAUCACGGUCAAGCGUUCGUCGAAGACACCGCGGUGACGGGCACGUUUGAGAACCCACACAUCAGCAACUUCCGCGUGCCGAUCGUCUUCCGCCAUCCGCGCCUGCCCCGGAUCGACAUCGCGGCAAACGCGACGUCGUUGACGAUCAUCCCGACGCUGCUCGACCUGCUCGUCCAGACGCGGUCGCUGAACGAGGCCGACACGGCGAUCGCGUCGUCGCUGGUGCACGAGUACCAGGGCCAGUCGCUGCUACGGCCGUUCCGGAGCGAGUAUCACGGCCGGCGGGUGUGGAAUUUCGGCCUGAUCAACUCGGGCGGCAGCAUGCUGUCGGUGAGCACGGCCGGGUUGCCGUUCCGGCUGGUGCUGCCGCUGCGGACCGAGUCCGGCGAGACGAACAAGGUCUUCCAGUACCGCUUCACGCACACGGACCGGGACCCGGCGGAGCAGAAUCCGCUCGAGGCCUGGACGCUGGGAGGCCUACGCCGGUCAGUGCAGCAGAAGUACGGCCGCGAGGCAGCAGACUGGGUGGACGAUGCCGGCCGGCUGGGGAUGUGGUGGGUGGCCGAGCAGAAGCAGAUCUGGAAGUGGAAGGAAUAA